AUUAUUUUUCACCAGUUGGUUGUGGUGCUCAUCCUCUGUUAGUGUCGCCAAUCACCAUGUCACUUGACCCAGGUUGUAUUUAUUACAAGCCUAAUACCAUAUAAAGGAAGAAAUCCAGUUUAAAAUGCAGUAAAAGAGGAUAAAGCCGUCAAAGAUUAAUUUGGAAUAAUCCAGUGCUGUGUGUGGCAUGGACUAAUAUACUUGCCAGAAUGGCUGAUGACAUUGACCACAAGAGCAAUAGCAGUGGUAGGAUGGCUAGUGGAACAUCUCAGUUGUGCUCACUACUGAUCAUGGUUGACUCGUCGGCUGACCAAAAGAAGGAAGAACAGCUGCAGAUGUCACGCGAGGAAAAGGAAAAGCUCCUCAACCAAAAAAUGGAAAACAUCAGAAGGAAAAAUGAAGAACUUCGUAAACGACACCAGGAAAUUGAAGCUGACAAGAAAAAUGCAGAUAUUUUUAGUUCAACGGUGACAAUGGAUGAGGUAAAGCCAUAUGUGAUGAAGAUCCCGAGAUCCCGUCCAGAGAGACCAGAUAAACCUCGGGAGAUGCUGGACCAACCACAGCCUCUUCGUCCUGCUGAUAUUAUGCCUUCUAGGCAGAGAUUGUCAGAGAAUGAUGGUCCUCCACCAGAUCCCUCAUAUCGUUUCUUGUCUGAUCCAGAUAGGGAUGGAAUAGAAGGAGGGAGAGAGAACAAAAGAGAGCAGUGGGGAAGAGGUGGAAGGGGACGAGGAAGGCGUGGUGGGAGAGGAGGAGGGGGAGGUGCAUGGGAAGGAUCAGGGGGAGGUGCAUGGGAAGGUUCAGGGGAAGAUGGAAUAAGAGAAGGUACAAGUGAUAGGGGUGAUAGGGGAGGGAGGGGUAGUGGGAGAGGCAGUAGAGGAGGAUACAGUGUUGGUGAAGGAGAAAAUGAUGUCAAAGCAGACAGUGGCCAGGCUGAGGCUGAGUUUUGGGGUCGUUCAGAUAGAGGGUUCAAUCGAGGAAGAGGGAGGGGGCGAAAUAAUGGAAAUUUUUCUAAUUCUGAUGGGGAACGAAGAUAUGAACAUGGAAGAGGAGGAAGAGGAAGGGGUAAUGAAAGAUCAAGAUUAGAAAAUGAAAAUUUAGGUUCUGGAGAUGGUGCUGAUGGCACUCAUAGUGGUGGUAGUGGAGGGCAUGAAGGAAGAAGAGGGAAGUUUAGCUUUACAUCACGAGACAUCAGAUAUUAUCCAGAUGAUGAUGGAGAUCAGAGGAUUGAAAAGGGCAGCAGAGGAAGAGGGAGAGGAAAUUAUUCUCAACGACAUUCUUUUGACGACUACGAGGACAUGAACAGAAUGCGUGAAAGGGGUCGAGGACGAGGACACUUUGAGCAUCGGGGAAGAGGAAGGGGAAGAGCUCGUGGGCAACACCAUGAAUAUGAGAGAUGGAAAGCAGAGAGAGAAGCCAUAGAUGAGGAGAGAAUAAUAAGAGGGCGUACUCAUGAAGGUGCCUGGCGCAGAGAAUGGGACAAUGAUAAACUUGACCAGGGUGAAGUGGAAGACACAGAACCUGUUUAUGAUCCCAGAUAUCCUAGAAGUGAGGGACUAAAAUUGGGAGAUUUUGUAACAAUUCCUAGUGGCGAUGAUGGUGAUUCAAGUCCACCACAGUCUGGCCAACCAAGAGGGCACCAAGGAGAUCGUAGACCUACAGGAGGUCGAGGUUCCAGAUCAAAUUACAAAGGCAGAAACCGUUACCCAAACCCUGAGAUUAAUGCCCAGAGGCAUGAAGAAGAGAUUAUGGCUGAGUUAGAUCCUGAUGCUGUGUUUCGGGAACGCAAGAUAGAAGGCCAUGGAGACUCUUUCACAAUAUCAGUUUCAACUGCCAAUCAUAGCACUGCUGGAAAAUUUGUACGAGUUGGCUCAGGCCGCAGGGGAAAGCCUGGACCUCAUGCAGGUGCAAAAGAACAAAGGGGUGAGGAUAUUGAAAGCUAUGGGGGAGAAAGGCAGCACCAGAGAAUUCGAGGUUUUGGAAACAGAAAUUCAAGAGGACGGGGACGGGGUCAGGGAUACAAUAACUUCACUAAUAAAGAGAACUCUGUACCCAACUGGUCAAAGUCAACUGUGGUAGAUGGUCAAGUUGGUGUCCCCUCCGACUCCUCUAUGGACUCCAAGAUUCACCAGAGAGGCAUUGUUGCCACAACCCCACCUGCUUCCUGCCCAACACAACAUCAUCAGCUUGAGGAAUUUAAUGAACCAGGAGGACAGGCAGCCAAUUUUACCUCACCAGACUUACCUGCUGAUGACUUAUCAUGGACUGAUGCCACAAGUGGCAAUGAAAGUCUUGAUACAUCAGCACUUAGUCAGGAGGGAGCAGACUUGGUUGACACUAGUCAGGAUGAUGAAGAUCUCACAGUACAAGAGAUUAUGCAGAGUGACCAGUUUGUCAGUACUGAUCAUAAUGCAUCAAUUGAUGAGGUUAAUAAAGAUGUUGAGACAGAAACUUACAAAGCAAGUAAUGAGGAUUGUGAGAUAGAGAAGAACACAGGAGAAGAGCAUUGUAUUGAUCAGUCACCUAAUGCUGAUAUCUCAGAAUUUGGUGAUGAAGAUAAAAAAGAGAUGGAAAUAUUGUCUGAGUCUGGAAACAUGCGAGUCAUACACAGUGACCAAACGGAAGUCCCUGAAAACAUGCGAGUCAUACACAGUGACCAAACGGAAGUCCCUGAAAACAUGCGAGUCAUACACAGUGACCAAACGGAAGUCCCUGAAAACAUGCGAGUCAUACACAGUGACCAAACGGAAGUCCCUGAAAACAUGCGAGUCAUACACAGUGACCAAACGGAAGUCCCUGAAAACAUGCGAGUCAUACACAGUGACCAAACGGAAGUCCCUGAAAACAUGCGAGUCAUACACAGUGACCAAACGGAAGUCCCUGAAAACAUGCGAGUCAUACACAGUGACCAAACGGAAGACCCUGAAAACAUGCGAGUCAUACACAAUGACCUAACGGAAGACCCUGAAAACAUGCGAGUCAUACACAGUGACCAAAUGGAAGACCCUGAAACUGUGCGAGUCAUACACAGUGACCAAACGGAAGUUCCUGAAAACAUGCGAAUCAUACACAGAGACCUAACGGAAGACCCUGAAAACAUGACAAUCAUACACAGUGACCAAACGGAAGUUCUUGCUGUUGAGUUUAAGGUAUCAACAGAUGAGACUUUCUUAAGUGAAGAUAAAGUUGAAACAGACUCUACCACCUCUGUGAUUAAACAGGAAGAUGAAGAGAAAACCAACUUACUAGAGGAACUGGGUGGAGAGAAUGAUGUCAGUAAAGAAGAAAUUAUUACAGAUGUAACUGAUGAGAAAAAUUCAGAUACUGUCGCAUUGAAGGAAACUCAUACAGAGAUGAUUGAUAAAGACGUGUCAGAGGGCUGCCAAGAAGAGGAGAGCUCGCAAAAGGAAGAUAUGGUCAGUGAUAAAGACGCUACAAGAGAAGAUGAUGAUAAUGAGAGGAAGAAACCAGAGAGUCGCCUAACUCCUGCUUCUUCUCCAACUACUACAGAGCAACUUGUUCCUAACAUAGAAUGGAAAUAGCAUACUGUAGUUGUAUAAUAAUAGCAUCAACUUAUACUUGUUACAGUAUUUGGAUAACUGUUAUUUUCUCUAAAAGGUAUAUAAUAAAUGUACUUUAAAACUUUUUAAUACUGUAUGUAAUAGUUUAGUAGCUCAAGAUACUAUUAAUUUGUGUGACCUAGUGCCUGGACCAGGUAACACACACAUUUACCCUCCAGGUAAACCCUCAACAUUAGUGGCUGGGACUAGUUCAUUGAUUAAUUAUAUCUUACUAUUGCAAACCUGUCUCUAUAAAAGGGACACUUGAAGAAAAAUACAUCACUUAAGGUUGAAAGCCAAAUAGUAGAUAUCACACAAGCAUAGCACACUGGCCUGCCUUUCAGGCAUACUGUAGUUAUAAGCUAUUAUUAUUCCAGGCUUCAUACUUCAGAUCCAGCCAACUCCAUUAUUACCCAUUGGGAGGCUAACCGACUUACUUUUACUUUUACUUUUAUCCUCUUCGCCACUGAUCGGCUUGUUAGCCGCUUGGGCGAUCGGUCACGUCUCUUUUCCUUUAUAUUCUUCA